CGCGAGACCCACCCGGACCCCGCAGCGCCUCAGCGCGGCGGCGCUCACCGCGGCCAUGACCGUCACCACAGGGCUGUCGGGGAGCAAGCAGGGCGCUAGCCUGGCGACGGCGCCGCGCCUGCACGACGGGGAGGCGGCGGUCCGCGUCGUGGCGGCCCACGAGGGCGCCGACGCGCUGCUCGCAGUGCGCCUGGACCCGGCCGCCGGCGCGCCCACGCUCAUCCAGUGGACGCGCGGGGACGAGGAGCUGUCGAGCGGCGGGCGGUUCCGCGUCUCGGAGAACAACAACACGGUGCUGCUGUCGGUGGAGGGCGUGUCGGCGGCGGACGCGGGCCGCUACUCGCUGCUGGCCAAGAACGCGGCCGGCGAGGCGCGCGCCGCGCUGGAGCUGCGCGUCGGCCGCGACGCGCCCUGCUUCCUGCGCCGCCUCUCCGACCUGGCCGUCAAGGUCGGCACGCGCACGCGCUUCCUCGUCGAGCUGAAGGCGCCGCACGACGUCAAGGUGACAUGGCUGCACGAGGACCGGCCGCUGCCGCAGGACGACCGCUUCCAGCUGGUGCGCGAGGGCGGCUUCUUCUGCGUGGACGUGGCGCCCGUCACCGUGCACGACUCGGGCCGCUGGACCUGCCUCGCGGAGAACGCAGUCGGCCGCUCCUGCUGCUCCUGCACGCUCAACGUGCUCGUUCCCAAGGCGUACAAGCCGCCGGAGUUCGUGGAGCCUCUGCGGGCGCUGCUGUCGGCGGCGGGCACGGUGUCGCUGGAGUGCAAGGUGGUGGGCGUGCCGACGCCGGCGCUGCGCUGGCUCAAGGACGGCCAGGAGAUCCGCGCCGGGGACGUGCUGGCGCUCACCGCGGACCCCGCGUCGCUCGGCACCUACACCUGCGAGGCCAGCAACUGCAUGGGCCGCGCCACCUCCUCCUCGCGCGUCAUCGUCGAGGGCGCCGCCGCCGACAGCUUUCGCGCAGCUGGGCCGCCUCCUGUGUUCGUCAAAGAACUGCAGCCCGCCAAAUGUCGCAUUGGAGAUCCUUUGACGCUUUCCUGCCAAGUGGCGGUGCCGCCGUGGCCGCGGACCGUCACGUGGUACAACAGCGCGGGCCGCGUGGAGCCGGGCGAGCGCUACCUGGUGCGCGAGGACGGCCUGGGCGGCUUCUCGGUGCACGUGGUGGCCGUCGAGGCGGCCGACGACGGCGACUGGAAGUGCGUCGCCACCAGCGACCUGGGCGCCGCCGCCUUCUCCAGGGCCGCCGUCGCCGUCCACUACCCGAAGAACUACCGGAAGCCGCGGUUCCUGGAGAGCCUGAAGGCGGUGCUGACAGAGGAGGGCCUGGUGUCGUUCGAGUGCAAAGUGGUGGGCUUCCCCACGCCGCAGCUGCGCUGGUUCAAGGACGGCCAGGAGCUGCGGCCGGGCGACGUCUACCAGCUCACCGGCACCAACUCGCUAGGCUCCUACUCCUGCAUCGCGCGCAACUGCAUGGGCGAGGCGACGAGCACGGCCGAGCUGACGGUGGAGGACAUCCAGAGCCAGCUGAGCGACGAGGAGCGGCUGGCGCUGCUGUCGCACAACCAGGCGCCGCGCUUCAUCCGAGGCCUCAAGAGCUGCGACGCGCGCAUCGACGAGCCCUUCCGCUUCACCGUCCAAGUCACUGUAUCCCCGGAGCCGGUGGUCACGUGGUACCGCGACGACGAACUGGUGGCGGAUUCCGACCGAUACGAGAUCAUCACGGAGACGCUGGGCACCGUCAACCUCGAUAUCAAGCGACUCGAGAUCGUCGACCAGGCUGAGUGGAAGUGCGUCGCAUCGAACGACUUCGGGCACAGCGUGACGUCCUGUUUCCUGAAGCUGGUAAUUCCGAAACACUACAAGAAGCCGCGCUUCCUCGAAUGUCUGAGGGCCAUAUUAUCCGAAGAGGGCGCCGUCAAUCUGGAAUGCAAGGUGAUCGGCGUGCCGCAGCCGGUGCUGAAGUGGUACAAGGACGGCGCCGAGCUGAAGCCGGGGGACAUCCACCGCAUCAUCUCGGGCCAGGACGGCACCUGCUGCCUGGGCACCUACACGUGCGAGGCGCACAACUGCAUGGGCACCGUCGCCUCCUCCGCCUCGCUGCUCGGCUUCGAGGAGCGCGUGAUGAAGGCGGAGGCGCCGGCUAUGGCUGUGGCGGCGGGGGCGGGGGCGGCGCACCCGCUGGCGCGCAACACGUCGCUGUCGACCAUCCAGGAGGAGCGCACGUCGCAGCUGUGCGACGUGCUCAGCGAGCGGCCCGACCUCAGCUUCUCGUUCGACGGCCGCGAGGUGUCCGUCUCGCUGUACGAGACGCCAGACCUCACCGAGGAGCAGGCGCUCGCCGUCGUCGAGAUGUACGCCGAGCAGCUGUCCGAGCACGUCUCCGAGCACAACGUCGUGGACCUGCCGCCGAUGCGGUUCACGAAGGAGUCGUCGCAGUCGGGCAACCUGCUGAUGGAGGCGGUGGUGAUCGACGUGUCGGGGGAGUACUUCACGACGGCCGACGAGGACCUGCGCACGGACGCCGACCUCGAGGAGCUGUCCAUCACCGACGACAACGGCCAGCAGCCGCAGCUGCCGCGGGACGACGACACGGCCGCCGAGGCGUCGCCGCCCGUCAGACCUCCCAGGGCGAACAAGCAGCAGUCGAGCGCCGACAACACGUUCCACAGCCUGUCGGACGACACGCGCUACGACUCGCCCGCCAGCGGCGGCGUGUCGCCCCCGGCGGCAGCCGCGGGCAAGCCGGCGGUGGACGUGGCCGCGGCGGCGGCUGCGGCGGCUGCUGGGGAGGCGGGGGCGGCUGCUGGGGAGGCGGCGCCGGCCACGCCCACCGAGGAGCGCGCCACCCAGGCGGGUGUGGUGCGGCCCAAGCGGCGCUCCGUCGAGAGCGGCCAGGGCGAGUCCUUCGAGAACCUGUCGUCCGCCAGCGAGGCGUCGGUGGCGCGGCCCGGCCAGAUCCUGCGCAAGGGCACCCUGCGCAAGCGCAGCCGCUCCAUCGACACCGCCGCCUCCGCCGAGGUGCGCGCCGCAAAUCACCCCUGGUCUUUAACAGAAAGACAAAAAGAAUGCACACAGACAUACGAGGACGUGUCUGGCGGAGAGACGCCGCUGCCGCGCCGGCGGCAGCUGUCGCUGGACAUGGAGGCGCCCAAGGACGACUCGUACUCGGAGGAGGGCGACGGGCUGAAGACGCGGCUGCUGCGCGACGCGGCCGGCCGCCGCUCCGCCAAGACGCCGUCCGUGGAGUCGGUGCGCGAGGAGGAGCCGCUCAUCCCCACGACCAUCGUGACCGAGGUCGAGAGCCGCCAGCAGCAGCAGCAGCAGCAGCAACAGCAGCAGCGCGCCCUCGACAUCGACCUGCCCACGCUGCACGCGCCGCCCCCGCCGCCCACGCCAGUCACGCCCGCAGAAGGCGCGCCGCCCCCGGCCGCCGUCUCCGACCCGGUCGUCAUGGAACAGCUCACCAGGUCGCUGCAGGAGAUCCAGCGUGGCCUGGCCGCGGUGGAGGAGCAGGUGCGGACCGAGUCGGCGUCGGAGCCGCAGCUGGCGCGCACCAGCCUGUCAGUGCUGGAGACGCUGUCGCAGCCGGUGGAGCAGCUGCGGCGCGGCCUGGAGCAGCCGGAGCAGCUGGCGGUGGAGCAGCUGGCGCAGCCGGUGCAGGAGCUGCGCCGCGGCCUGCAGCUGGUGGAGCAGCAGCGCGCCGUCAUGGCCGAGGAGGACGACCACUCGCUGCUCGAGCGCACCAGCGCCUCCAUCCUGGAGACGGUCGCGCAGCCCGUCAGGCAGCUCAGCCAGCUGCUCCAGCAACAGUCGGCAGAGCCGGCGCAGGGCGCCGCCGUGUCGGAUCGUCGCCUCUCGCAGGUGUCGGAGCAGCUGCAGCUGCAGCAGCUGCAGCAGCAACAGCAGCAGGAGGCGGAGCCGUCGGCUGUGCUGCACGGCAUCGCCCGCCCUGUGCUGGAACUGCAGCGCGGCCUCACCUUCCUGCAGCAGCAGGCCGUGCUGGAGGCUAGUGGUGACACUCGGCUGUUCGAGAACGCCGGCCGGUCCAUCCUCUCGACGCUGGAGAGACCGUUCCAGGACCUGCAGCGGGGCAUCGCGGCGCUGGAGGAGCAGGUGGGCGGCGAGGGCCCGUCCUCCGGCGUGCUGGGCGCGUCCAUCCUGGAGGCGGUGCUGUCGCCGCUGCGCGAGCUGCAGAGCGGCAUCGCGCAGGUGCAGCGCCAGGCCGCCACCGAGGCCGAGGAGGACGGCUUCGAGCCCGACGUCAAGCGCUACGCCGUGCUCAAGACGCUGUCGGGGCCGGUGGCCGAGCUGCAGCGCGCCGUCGUCGAGAUCGGCGAGCGCUUCAGCGUGGAGGCGGCGGUGGCCGGGGGCGGCGCCGGCGUCGCCGCGGCGCUGCUGGAGGCGCUGGAGCGCUCCGUGGACCAGCUGACGCGCCGCGCCGUCUCCGUGUCCAAGCUGGCCGUGCUGCGCGGCAAGACCGUCUCGGAGACCGAGGGCCUCGCCGUGCUGGGCAACCUGGCGCCGCCGCUCGUCAAGCUGCAGAAGGAGGUCAUCCGGGCGCAGAACGAGCUGCGGGCGCGGCCGCCGGAGGGCGGGGGCGGAGCGGAGGGCGCCGCCGAGCAGGCGGCCGCGUGGGGCGCCGUCGCCGUCAGGGCGCUGGCCAAGCCGCUGGCCGACUUCCGGAGGGGCCUGCUGGCGGUCGAGCGGCAGCUGGCGGCCGAGUCCGAGGAGGAGCCCAUCCGCGAGGGCCAGAUCGCCGCGGCGCUGCGGGCGCUGGCCGGCCCCGUCGCCGACCUCAUGGAGGGCAUCGACGGGCUGCAGAAGGCCGAGGUGGGCCAGCCCAACGAGGAACUGAGCCAGCCGUUCCAGGAGCUGCGGAGGGGCCUCACUCAGGUGCAACAGGUCGUGUUCGAAACGUCUCCCGAGCUCAUACCGGCCUCCGGUGUCGUCAAGAAACUGACACUGUCGCUACAGGAGGUGACCAAAAAACUAACUGACGUAGACGCUGCAGUUGUAGGGUCACUCACGCCUGAAACAGAACCGGCGUCCAAAUUAACAGGCCUGGCUCAGCCGAUGAAGCAAUUAAAGAAGGGUCUGGUUCAGAUAGCCCAAGCGACUAGCUUCUCUGCAGAAGACAUACCUGCCAUUGCUACUCUCGUACAACCGCUGGUUCAACUGCAGAAGGGUCUCGAGAAGAUGGAGAGGCAGUUGACUGCUGCUGCUCAGUCUGUCGACCCCACACCCGAAAAGAAACUCACCGCUAUAAUAGAGCCCAUUAAGGAAAUGCAGAAAGGAAUCAGAGCUAUUAAACGACAAGCUAUCCUCGAACCCCAGUCUACAAAUCUGGAAUGUCUCGAAAGCCUCGUCCAGCCCUUCGAAAAUCUGAAGAGGCAGCUGGAGGAAAUAGAAAGAAAGAGACCUGAGUCGCCUGGUAUAAGAUUGCUGGACGAGGUAGUAAGCGCAGCAGAGGCGCUGCACGCCGGAAUAGAGUCUAUAGAGAAACACGCUGCUCUCCUAGAUGCACGAGGCAAGAGCAAGCUGGAGGUGCUGAGUACCCUCCAGGAGCCACUAACGGAGUUGCGUACACAGUUAUCUGAGGUGGAACGCUGUAGUCUGGAAGGCUCUGGCAAAGACACUGUUACAGAAAUUAUAACAAUUUCAGCUUUGAAGAAGCUUGCGGAACCACUGAAAGAAAUGACGAAAGCAAUAGAAAGUAUUGAUCAGCGGCUUCAUUAUGGAACAGAAGAAGUUAGUGAGAAAAUGGACUUGCCAGACAUUAAAAACUUGGCGAGUCCAAUCAGAGAACUGCAACGAAGCCUUUCUGCUGUUCAGCAGCAGGCCAUCUUAGAGUCUGGCGUAGCGCAGGACCUGACAGGACCGUCCAUCCUAGAGAGUCUGUUUCAGCCACUGCAAAAACUUCAGAAGAGCUUAGUGACUGUCCAAGCUCGAACACAAGAGACUACCCAGCUGAAAAAGUCGAGCUCUGCCGUCAUUCUGGAACUAGCACAAUCUGUAGAAUCGCUGAAGAACGAAAUAGAUACUCUGCAGAAGGUGAAAGUGACAGAAGUGAAGCCCGAAGCCCAGACCGGAACUGUGACAGUCCUAGAAGCACUGAAGAAGCCUCUGGAGGAAAUGCACAAAUCUGUAGCGACCAUCGAGGAGCAGAUUGUAAAAGAAGCAGAGACUAGGGGAAUACAGUCUGAAGUGGCGGAUCUGUCCGUAUUGGAAGGAUUUAUCGAACCGAUAAGGGCUCUGGAAGCAGAGUUGAAAUCUAUAGAUAAGUCCACAUUAGAAGAAAAGUCCGCUGCCAUCUCUGUGCUUCAGAAGUUGUCGGCUCCCGUGCAAGAGUUACAGCGGACUUUCGAGGCAGCGGAGCAACUGGCGACUCAGGAGGCGGAACCAGUGUACGGCAAGGCGUGCAUUUCUGCCCUGCAGAUACUCUCAGAGCCCAUUCGUAGCUUCGAGAAGUGUCUUGCCGCAGUGGAAGAGCACCGGGAAGCGGCGGCGAGGACCACACAGGUCAAAGAGCGCGUGAAGGUCAUCUCCGACGUAGCCAAACAAGUGCGGCGUGUGCACCAUGGCGCGGAGGCGCUCGAAAAGUGCGCGUCGGCGGAACCCAAAACGAAACUGAGGCGCAAGUCGGGCCUGGCUGCGCUGGGCACGCUCUGCGCACCACUCGAAGAAAUUCUGACCGAACUUCAGUCAGCCGAGGCCAAGAUAACCUCGCCUAAGGAGACGGUGUCCGAAGAGGCCGCCGUCCAGUCGCUGGAGAGCUUAUCGCAGCCACUUGAGGCCUUCGAGAGCGCCGUCCAAACUGUGCAGCGGCUCAUCUCCGAUCCAAACAGUGCAGAAGCUGAGCGGAGUGCAGCGGUAACCGCUCUCGCGAGUGCCGUCAGUGAACUGCGGCAGGGCGUAGCCAAAGUUUACCAGCAGGCUGUGCUCGAAUCGGGGGUCGGACCCGGAAUGGAGAAGUCCUCCGUCCUCGCGCCUCUAACGGCACCUCUGCACCGUCUUCAGAAGGCGCUCGCAGCGGUAGAAGAGCGAAAGAUGCUGCGAGCCGUCAAGAUCGAGCCCAGCGUCCAUAAAGCCAGCAUUCUAGUCCUGGAAAGCAUUUCCCAUGCCGCUGAAGACCUCGCUCGAGCAGCCGACGUCCGAGAGGAGGCUAAAGCCACUGCACUUGCAGUACUGGCUGAACCACUGCUGAAGCUCAAAUCCAGUGCCGAGCAGGCAGAACAGCGGCUCGUAGAGUCCAGUGUAAAGGAGCUCCCACAUCGGGCGACAGUCGACAUACUACAAGGUGUAGCGCAGCCGCUGGAAACACUGGCUUUGGCCAUAGAGCAGGAGCAGCCGCUGGAAGAAGUGGCGGCAUCUCUGGAAAAAGUACAGCACGGAAUAGCGACACUACAGCGUCAGUCCUCUGAAGAGGGCACAGCACCGGAGAAACGUAUUCUGGCAGAAAUGGCAGGACCAUUGAGAGAGCUUCAGCAGAAAUUAGUGGUCCUGUCUGAGGAAGUAGCCAAGAAGGUUACGGUCAAAGAAGUACCAGUGCCAGAGACUCUCAAGGCCGUGCGUUCGCGUGUAGACGAAAUAAAGAAGGACAUCGCUCUUAUAGAGAGAACGGGCGAAGAAAUGACGGAAGCAGCUGCCAAGGAAACCUUAAAUCAGGUGAAAGAGAACCUCGCACAGAUACACGAGCAAGUCCUGCAAGAAGCAGAGGAAGAGAAGCUCGGUUCAGCUCCUGCUGGCUCGUCAGUAUUGGAAGCCUUGGCGACACCAGUGGAGGAACUGCAGAAAGGUGUAGCUAUAAUCGAGGAGCAGAAGAUGCUGGAGACAGAUAUCGAAGCGAAAGUAGCUGCCAUUCUCCAAACUCUUGCCGGGCCGGCGCAAGAGUUACAGCGAAGUUUGGAGCGAAUAGAGCACCAGGUUCAGGCCCGAAGCGCUACCACUGAAGCGCUUCCGUCGUCCCAGCAGGCAUUGGUGUCUGAAGUAAAUCGAGAAGGAGCGAGUGCCGUCCUCGCUACAGCUGAGUCGAAGAUUACGGGAGCCUGGGAAGAAGCCGAAACGACGUCUCCACUGGCGCCGUCGGCAGUGGCCGUCGAGUCCCACGAGCAACAGUUAGAGAAGGCGUCCGUUACAGCGGUGCAGGCGCUGAGCGAACCCCUCCAGCAGAUCCGCCAGGCUCUGGCGCAGGUGGAGGAACGGGCCGCAGAGCGGGCCGAGGAAAUGAGCGGCGAGUCGCGAGCGGUGCUCGCCGCGCUGUCACGGCAGGUGUCUGAGCUGGAGAAGGGCGUCGCCGCCGUGGAGCAGCAGGUGGUGCUGGAGGCGACGGCGCACGACGAGCAGGCGCAGGCGCAGCUGGUGAGCGCGCUGGCGCGGCCCGCCGCCGAGCUGCAGCGCAGCCUGGAGCAGCUGGAGGCGCUGGAGCAGCUGGAGGCGCUGCCGCUGGAGGCGCGCCCGGCCGCCCUCUCCGGCGUCGCCGCCGCCAUCGCGCGGCCCGUCCAGGAGGUCCAGAAGAGCGUCGCCGCCCUCGAGCAGAGCGUCGUCCUGCUGGAGAGCGUCGGAGAGCCGGAGGCCGUCAGGAAGAGGAGCCUCGAGUCGCUCAAGGCCGUCGUCACGCCGGUGGACGAGCUGCAGCGCAGCCUCACCCAGAUACAAGAGGAGAUGCAGGUGAAGCACGCACAGCAGGUGGAGUCCGCCGGCGCCGGCCUGGAGAUAGUGGAGUCGAUGGCGGAGCCCCUGGCGCAGCUGCAGCGCAACCUGGCGGCCCUGGAGCAGCGGGUCGUGGCGCGGGUGGUGGACCACGAGGAGCAGCGGUCGCUGCUGCAGGAGGUGGCGCAGCCGCUGCACGACCUGCAGGCUGCACUCGUCAGGAUAGAGCAGAAGGUGGCCCUGGAGGCGGAGGGGGACAGCAGCGGCGGCGACGGCGGCGCGGAGAAGCAGGUGUUGGAGGCGCUGGCGCGGCCUGCGGAGGUGGUGCAGCGCGGCAUCACGCUGGUCGAGCAGCAGGUGAUCCUGGAGGCGAUGGGCGAGCCGCUGUCGCCCUCCGCCUGCGUCUCCGUGCUCGCCAAACUCGCCGAGCCGCUCACCGAGCUCCACAGGGGCGUCGCGCUCGUCCAGCAGCAGGUUGUGCUCGGAGAGCGAGCAGAGGCCCUAUCUCAGAAGCCGGCAGCGGUGGCAGUGCUGGCCCGGCCCCUGGAGGAGGUGAGCCGCGGCCUAGCGCAGGCCGAGCUCCAGCAACUGCUGGAGGCUCCAGAGGCGACGCUGUCCAGCGCCAGCGACGUGGUCUCGUUGCUCCAGACGUUCGCAGAGCCGCUGCGCGAGCUGGAGAGGAACGUGGCGCAAGUCCAGCAGCAGGUGGCGCUGGAGGCUAAGGGAGACUCGCUGGCAGCAGACAGGACCUCAGCAUCCGUGCUGGAGACGCUGGCCCAGCCCUUGCGAGAGGUGCAGCGCGGCAUAGCGACGGUGGAGCAGCAGGCGGCACUGGAGGCCGCCGGACGAGUGUCUGCGGCCGAGGGCCUUGCCCUGCUGAAGGAGGUGGCGCAGCCUCUGAGGGAGCUGCAGCUCGCUGUGGCGACGGUGCAGCAGCAGGUCCUGAUGGAGGCCAAGGACGUUUCCAUCUCAGACGCGACCGACAUGUCCGACCUAAAGACUGAGGUGGUGUCGACAGAAGAGCCUCUCAGGCAGGUAGCUUCCAAGCAGCAGGCAGACGUUCUGGAGGCGAGGGACGCGUCACUGUCCGAAAAGGAGGGUGUGUCAGCGCUGAAGACGUUAGCAACUCCAGCUGAAGAAAAGAGACUAGCACUGGCAACAACAGAACAGCAGCUAGUCAUGGAAGGAAAAGAGGUUUCUCUCUCUGGAAAGGAAGACAUUUCUGCUCUCAAGGCUCAAGCGACACUCCUCAAAGAAACACACACGGCUGCAGUGGCUGUCGAACAACAGACUGCAUUAGAAGCGAAAGGCACCUCGCUUUCAGGAACUGCUGACGUCGCCAAGCUGAAGGAGACCGCUAAAUCCGCCGAAGAACCUCUGAAAGCCGUUGCCACAGUACAGGAACACGUUAUCUUGGAAGCGAAAGACGAAUCUAUCUCUGAUGGCACAAAUGUCUCGCAGAUGGAAACCUUGGCUUCUGUGUCCGAUGAACCCAGCCGCCAUGUCGCUGGAGUGCUGCAGCAAACUGCUUUAGAAGCGAGGGACGCAUCUAUUGCUGAGCAGCUCGGUGCAUCAGAACUGAAAACUGCGGCUGUUUCCACAGAAGAGCAGCCAAAAGGUGUAGCAACCACUCGAGAGGAAAUAAUCUUAGAAGGGAGAGAGCAGUCACUGUCUGAUCAGGAGAGUGUUUCACAACUGCGAACAGAGGCGUUGGAAUUGUCAGAAGCUCAAAAGGGAAUUGCGGUAGCUGAACAGCAAGUGGCACUCGAAGCCAGAGAGCAGUCUCUUUCUGACAAAGAGAGCGUGUCUCGUUUGAAAGAAGUAGUUGCGCCCGGUGUGGAGUUACGGGAAGGCGCCGUCUCGUCUGAGCAGCCAGUGGCUCUAGAGACAGCAGGACACAUUACGUCAGAAGCAGAGAGUCUCUCGCAGCUGAAAACAGUGGCGAAGUCUGCUCACGAAGUGCAUCAGGAAAUCGCAACUGCAGACGAACCGACUGUGCUAGAGGCUGCCGGCCAAAGUAUUUCUGAGGAAAGUGACAUAUCUAAGCUUAAAACGGCCGCAAGUCCUACAACAGAAGCUCAGAAAAUGUUAGCUACAGCACAGCAAGAGACGGUUCUCGAGGCGAGGGACGAGUCGUUCUCCGAAGCUGGAGGUCUCUCUGAGCUGAAAAAGCAAGCUGCAUCUGCCCAGGAAUCGCUGAAACAGGCUGCUGUAGCUACUCAACACGAGGUAAUGGAAACCUUUAAAGAGUCGGCAGUGGGGGAAAGAACGGAGGCUGAACCGGAGACCUUCGCAGUGGCCUCUCAAGAGCCGACGAGAGCCACCGCUGUAGCAGAACAGCAGCAAGUCCUGGAACAGAGAGAAGCGUCACUGUCGGAAGAGCCGAGCUUGAGCCAGCUGAAGACGACUGCCGAGUCGCUAAAGGAAGAGCUCAAGGCGGUGGCCGUUGCAGAGCAGCAGGUCGUUCUCGAAGGUAGGGACAAGUCCCUGGCAGACGAGGCCAGCCUGUCCAAGCUCGAGACCCUGGCGAUGCCGGCGUCGGAGCUGGCGAAAGAGACGGCAGUUGCGGAACAGCAGGUGGUGCUGGAGGGCGGGGAGGUGGCCAUGGCCGAGCAGGCGAGCGCGUCCCAGCUGCAGACGCUGGCCCGUCCGGCGGAGGAGCUGCACCGCGCGCUCGCCGCCGUCGUGCUGCAGACGACGCUGGAGGAGGCCGGAGAGGCAGUCCCUGCGGCGCCGCUGCUGGAGGCUCUGGCACAGCCGCUGCGCGAGCUCAGGCAAGGGCUGGCCGUCGUCGAGCAGCAGCUGCCGCUGGAGCAGGCGGUCCACCGGCCGGAACCGACACCAGCUGACGCCUUAUUUGCGGUUGCGCGCCCGGUGCACGAUCUGCUGGAGGCGGUGGCGGCGGCAGAGCAGGUGGUGCUGGAAGGCGCUGGCGGCGGCAGUCCUGCGGAGGCGGCGGAGGCGCUGCACGCGCUGGCCGCGCCGGUGCAGCAGCUGCAGCGCGCGCUCGCGGCGGCGGAGGCCGUGGCGCAGGGCGGCCCGCCUCUGGAGGCGGCGCAGCAGCUGCCGCCGCAGCGGCUGGAGGCGCCGCAGCUGGCGCGCGUGCUGACGCAGCUGCAGCGCGACCUGGCCGUCGUCUGCCGCCACGACCACGACCUGCUCGAGACCGCCGCCUCCGACGACGACGACGCCACGCUGCGCACCGCCGACCUGCCCACGCUCGCCUCUUCCGGGGAAGCCUCUGGCGCCAUCGCCGUGGCCGACAGGCUGUCCGUGGUGACGCUGGAAGGCGACUUGGACACGCUGUCGGACCGCACGGAUUCGGCGACGGCGGCCGUGUCGGGGGCGGAGCCGCGCCUUGCCGUGGCCGCCGUGCAGCGGGUGGCCGUCGUGGAGGCGGAGGAGGUGCCCGCGCAGGAGGCGGCGGCCGCGCCCGCGGCGGCGCUCCCGGAGGCGGCGGUGGCGGCCGUGGCGGCGGUGGGGGCGGCGCGCCGCGAGGCGGCCGUCGCGCUGCAGCAGAUGCCGCUGUCCGCCGCGGCGUCGCUGGCCGACGUCAGCGGCGCGGGGGCGGAGCAGGAGGCGCGAGCGCAGGAGCUGACGGAGCAGCGGCCGCGGGCCACGGUCACCGAGCACCGCGUCGAUCUCGCAGAGCCGCUGGAGGGGCAGAGGGAAGGCGCCGAAAGCCAGCAGACUGAAACGGGGAGAGCUGGGGGCGAAGAGCAGGUGGACGAACGAGGUCUAGCAGCCACUGAGUCCUCAACACAGGAAGACACUAGAAAAGAGGAAGAAAGACGUAAAGAGCUGACUGCAGAAAAAGUUCACAAGGAAUCUAAGAAGGCACUGCUGAAGGAUGAUGCAGCUAAGCAAGAAGAAAAGCCAAAAGUUGUCGCGGAAAAAGCAGGAAAGGAAACAGAAGAAGAUAAAAGUAAAAUUGACGAAACGAAAGACGAAACAGUGCUGAAAUCUAAGAUCAAAACAAAAACUGAAAUAGAGACUAAAACUGAAAUAGAAAAAUUGCAAUCGGAGAAAGAAGGAAAGAAAAUACAAGAACAAGAUCUGAAGGAUAAAGAAAAGAUAACAAAGGGAGGAAAAACUGAAGUUGAGACGAAAAAAGCUGAAGAAAGUAUGGUUACAGGUAGAACAGAACAAGAAAUUAAGCCUAGAGAACAAGCGACAGAAGCGAAGGAUAGAACCGACGUGGAAGUAGAAGAACUGAAAGGUGACAAAACUAAAGAAAAAGCAAUACAACAGACUACUACUAAGGGAACAAUUGAUGAUCGCGAAGUGUCUGAGCAAGUGAAAGACACAGAUAGAAGACAGGACAAUGUCGAAUUUCAGUCAGAGACAUUGCCUGGAAAAGAAGUUGAUGACAAGAAUAAACAAAAAGGUGAUUUGGAAACACCAGAGAAAUCUACCGAAAGAAUGAAUGAAAAUAAAGCAAAAGAAAUUGAUAUAAAGGAGGAAGUGCAACUAAGAGGAAAGGAAGAAAAGAAACCAUUGGAUGAUAUUACAGAAAAAAGAAAAAUUUCUGAAACGUCUGAUGAUACUGGAAAGGAAGAGCUCAAGAGGAAGUCUAGUCCAAAGGUUAAGAAACCGUCACCUAAGAAGAAAACAGAAGACUUAAAAACUGAAGUCGAUGGAGAAAUGAAAACAGCGGAGGAGCCAGCUCCUGCAAAUAAAGAAGCUUUAGAGGAUAAAGCGAAAGCAGAACAGAUAAAACCAUUAGACGACGUCGAGGAAAUGAGAAAAGAGGAAGAACAAAAGAAAAGCGCAUCAAAGUCUGAGAAAUAUGAUGCUAAAACAGAAGACCUUGAGAAGAAGGAAGCCCCAAUGCUUAAGAAACUGUCGCCUAAGAAGAAACAACAAGAAGAAAGUAAAACUAAAGUUGAAACACCGAAGAAAACCGUAGAGGAAUCAGAUGAUAAAGAUAAACGAGGAUUCGAGCAAAAAUUGAAAGAUGAACGUGGAAAGCCGUUAGCUGAUAUUGAAGAAAAUAAGAAAGAGGAAGAUACUAAAAAAACUGAGCCAACAUCUGAAAGAAAUGAGGAGGCUAAAGCAGAGGAACUCAGAAAUGACACUCCAAGGCUGAAGAAACUCUCACCUAAAAAGAAAAAAGAAGAAGAGAAGAGCGUGCCUAAAGAUGAGGACAAACAGAAAACUGCAGAAGAUUCUGAUCUUAAGAAUAAAGCAGAGUUAGACCAGAUAUCAGAGGUAACAAAAUCUCUUGACGAUAUUGCAGAAAAGCAAAAAGAAGAAGGGAAGAAGAAAAGUGAUCUGAAACCUGAAAAGGCUCAGGAUGACGCAACAGAAGAAAUCAAGAGGAAGGAAAGUCCAAGACUAAAGAAGUUGUCACCAAAAAAGAAAAAAGAAGGAGAGAAAAGUAUCUCUAAAGAUGAGGAAGAACGGAAAACUACAGAAGAAGCUGACGUGAUAAACAGAGGGGAGGUUGAUGAAAAAUCGAAGGAAAUAAUUAAAUCUCUUGAUGAUAGCGCAGAAAAGCAGAAAGAAGAAGAGAAGAAGAAAAGCGACGUGAAAUUAGAAAAGGACCAGGAAGCUUCAACAGAAGAACUCAAGAGGAAGGAAAGUCCAAAACUUAAGAAGUUAUCACCAAAGAAGAAAAAAGAGGAAGAGAAGAGUAUAUCUAAAGAAGAGGUGGAACAGAAACCCACGGAAGAAUCUGACCUUGUAAGUAAAGCUGAAUUAGACCAGAAAUCAAAAGAAGUAACAAAAUCUGUUGGUGAUAGCGCAGAUAAGAAGAAAGAGGAAGACAAGAAGAAAAGCGACGUGAAAUUAGAAAAGGACCAGGAAGCUUCAACAGAAGAACUCAAGAGGAAGGAAAGUCCAAAACUUAAGAAGUUAUCACCAAAGAAGAAAAAAGAGGAAGAGAAGGGUGUAUCUAAAGAAGAGGUAGAACAGAAAACCACGGAAGAAUCUGACCUUAUAAGUAAAGCUGAAUUAGACCAGAAAUCAAAAGAAGUAACAAAAUCUGUUGGUGAUAGCGCAGAAAAGAAGAAAGAGGAAGACAAGAAGAAAAGUGAUGUGAAAUCAGAAAAGGACCAGGAAGCUACAGCAGAAGAACUCAAGAGAAAGGAAAGUCCAAGACUUAAGAAGCUAUCACCAAAAAAGAAAAAAGAAGAAGAGAAAAGUAAAGCAAAGGAAGAAGAAAAUCUCAAGGAAAGUAAAAUAGACAAGAAACUAGAAGACCAGAAAGAGAUACAGGAUACAAAAAGUGAAACGGUUAAGAGAGCAGAAGAUGCAGAAGUAAUUGCGAAAAAGAAAGAAGAUACUAAAGAUGGAAAAACACAGAAAGAUGAUAAAGUAGAAGAGAAGAGACAUACAGAAGUUGUAACUACGGAUAUAAGCGUUGAGCAGCAGAAAAAGGAGGAAACCGAACAGGUGCAAUCGAAACAUCGUGAUGAACAAGCAAAGAAGACCGAUGAACAGGAAGGUGAAAAAGUUUAUCGUAAGGGAGUCUCAGAAAGUGAAAAACAAGAGCAAGACUUGAAGAAAGAAGUUCCAGGUGAAGCAACAAUUAAAGAAGUGCAAUCAAGUCAAACAGAGAUACCGAAACAAGCAGCAGAGAAACUGAAGGACGAUGGCAAACAGAAACAAGAUGAAAAAGAAAUUGACGAAGUUGGUAAUCGGAAGGGCACUAAAAAAGACGAAGCAAAAUCAAAGAAGAGAAAAGAGUCCCUGUCAGAAACAGUAGUGAGGAAAGAAAAAGAAAAGACUGAAGAUAAAUUAGAAGACCAUAAGGCACUAAUUACAAAAGAUGGAGAAGUAAUGGAAGAACAUGCAGAUGUAAAGCUCAAGGAAAAGAAAGAAGUAGAAGAUGAGGCGCAGAAGUUCAAAAAAGAAGAAACAGACAAACUCAAAGGCAAGGAUUCUAAGGUGAAGUCAAAGGAGAAGGAAAAUGACGUAAAGAAGGGAAAAGAAGAAGAGAAGAAAGAGCAAACUACCGAAGCUGACAAGCAUGAAGAUUCAAUUACAAUUUCAAAACAGGCCGCAGAGCAAAAACAAGAUGCUAUAGAUGGAACAACGGAAAAGGACAGUAAACAGAAGCCUGCAGAAAGGAAACAAGAAGAAAAGAAAAGUAGCGAGCAAAGAGAGACUGAAGAGAAGGAAAAGGUCCCACAGGUUAAGAAACGCGGUAGCAAAAAGAAAGAGGUGUCUGAAUCAAAGGAAAUAGCAGACAGUCAGAAAACAAGUAAAUUAGAGGCGAAAAAAGAUAGUGGAGAAUCUGAAGGAAAACCAGGCGAACGUGAACUGGGAGAAGAAGAAGCGAAAAAGAAAAAAGAGGAUGCGAAACGAGAAAGUAAAGUGGACGAAACUUUCGUGUCUAAAAGUACCGGAGAGGAAAGUGCAAAGGUUGAUGGUGAAGAAAGAACGAAGAAACGGGAAAGAGAAACUAGCGAAAAACUAGUUGAUGAUAAAGCAACUGAAAAGAAGUCGGAGAUCAAAGAACAGGUCGCAAAACUGUCAGAGAGAGAAGUUAAGGAGGUAAAGGAAGUAAGUGGUAAGGACACAAGUGAAACUGAAAAUGAAGGUAAGGUAAGAAAAAGAAGAUCAGUUAAAGGUAAGGUGGAGAGGAAAGGUGAAGAAGAGCCAGUGAGCGACACUGGUAUCACAAAGGGAGAGGACUCAGUGGCAGACAGCAAGUCGUACUCAACCGAAAAAAUGAGCGACAGGGUGUUGGCGAGAAAAGAGGGUGUUGCCGACGAAUCCGACGUCUCCUCUAGGAGGAGAGAGGCUGCGGCGGACAGGGCCCGUUCUGAAGAGGUCGAGGAUUCCGACACGCUUAGCGGCCCCGGCGCAACCCUGCUCCCGGAGGACUCUGACAUCUCCCUGGAGGAGCCGUCCUCACGCUGGCAGCGCCGGCGUCCCUGGAGAACCGAAGACCGGUCCAGGUCCUCCGACAGCAGCGCCACCAUCACCUCCAGCAGCGGUCGCCGCCCCAGGCUCGACAUGCUGAGCAGCUCGGCGAGCAAGCCGCAGUUCGUGACGCGGCUGCGCGAGCGCUCCGCGGCGGCGGGCUCGCGCCUGCGGCUGGUGUGCUGCGCGCUCGGCUCGCCGGCGCCCGCCUUCCGCUGGCUCAAGGACGGCCGCGAGCUGCCGCCGGGGGAGCGCCGCCGCUACCGCACCGCCUGCGACCACUCCGGCCUCGCCACGCUCGAGAUCUUCAGCGCCGCGCCCGAGGACGCGGGCACCUACUCGUGCGAGGCCUCCAACGAGGCCGGCUGGGCCUCCACCAGCGCCGAGCUGCGCGUCACUGACCACCUGCAGCCGACGCCCGCGCCGCCCACCUUCACCAGGGCCAUCCGCGACUCGUACCGCGCCAGCGAGGACGAACUGGUGCUGGAGUGCCGGGUUCGCGGCUCACCCGCCCCCGCAGUCAGCUGGCUCAAGGACGGCCGGCCGCUGCCGUUGGCGGGCGCCGGCGCCGCCGACGCGGACGUCGACGGCCGCUUCUCCGCCAGCGAGCUGGCCGACGGCGUGUGCCGGCUGGUGGUGCGCGCUCCCUCCGCCCACGCCGACAGCGGCGUCUACACCUGCGUCGCCCGCAACGAGCUCUCCGAGGAGCGAGUCUCCGCCAACGUCGUCUUCCCAGGUCGUGACCAGUGGCCGGAGGGACCUGCGGAUUUCCGAAGACCUUAUUUUACUAGUGCGCUCUCCGAUCACUACGUUUCCAGCGGCGCCACCAUCGCACUACAGGUCCAGAUCGCUGGCUCGCCGCAGCCGGCGGUGUCGUGGACGCUGGACGGGCACCCGCUGCGGCCGCCGCUGGCGCGCAGCUGGGAGGAGUCGGGCGUGCACACGCUGCUGCUGAGCGGCGCCGCGACGCCCCGCGACGCCGGCGUCUACCGCUGCCGAGCGCACAACGCCUGGGGCGUCGCCGAGUCGGCGGCGCGCGUCAUGGUGGCCGAGGCGGCGCGCGGCGUGCGGCCCGCCCUCUUCAUCACCCGGCCGGACUCCGACGUCAGCGCCGCCGUGGGCGAGGACGUCAGCGUCUCCUUCCGCGUCACCGGCGAGCCCAAGCCGCAAGUGACGUGGUCGCACGGGCUGCGCGACGUCACGCACAGCGCUCGCACCCUCAAGGAGACGAGCGACGACUACGUGCGGCUGACGCUGAAGCGCGCACGGCCCUCCGACGCCGGCACCUACUGCGUGCUGGCGCGCAACGUCUACGGCUGCGACCGCGCCUUCUUCACGCUCAAGGUCCGACAGAGAGCUCGUUCUUUGACACCAGGAGCAGAGUCACGUUUGCGAGACACCACCGAAGAGAUCCUGAGGGACAUCAGGGAUUCUGAGGAGAGAGAACGGCGGAAAGAUGUGCCGGUGGCGAUCUCGGCGGAGCCGGUGGUGUCCGACCAGGGCCGCAACUGGCUGACGCUGACGUGGCCCAAGUGCGAGGCGCGCGGCGGCGUGCCCGUGCUGGCCUACCGAGUGGAGGCGUGGCAGCUGGGGGGCGACGCCGCCGGCUGGACAGAGCUGGGCGUCUCGCCGAUCAACAGCUACGACGCGUUCAACCUGAAGCCCGGCGCCGAGUACAGGUUCCGCGUGACGCCGCGCAACCGCUACGGCUGGGGCGAGUCGGUGGCCACCAGCGCCCCCGUCACCGUGGGCCGGCCGCGGGAGCUGCCAGAGUUCGUCGCCAUCCUGCCGGGCCAGCUGAAGGCGCUAGCCGGCUCCGACGUCACGCUGGAGUGCCAGGUGCGGGGGGAGCCGGCGCCCGAGGUGCGCUGGUACCGCGACGGCGGCGAGCUGGAGGAGGAGCCGCCGCGGCUGACCAUCCAGCAGGAGGGCGGCCGCUGCCGGCUGGUGCUGCGCGCCGCCGCGGAGGCCGACGCCGGCCGCUACAUGUGCGACGCCGCCAACAGCGUCGGCCGCGUCUCCACGUUCGCCCGCCUGCAGGUCGUGCACGACCCCAGCCUGCUCGAGGCCGACUCCAAGCUCAAGAGGGAGGCGGCGGAGGCGGGCGAGGGCGUGGAGGCGGCGCCGCAGUUCACGAUGCGGCUGCGCGACCGGCGCGUGCAGGUGACCUACCCGGUGCGGAUGACCUGCCAGGUGGCCGGCUGGCCCGCCCCCACCGUCACCUGGACCAAGGACGGCGCUGACGUCACGCCGGACGAUCGUCGCUCCAUGACGAGCGACGAGGCCAGCUUCCACACGCUGGAGCUGUCGCACGCGGCGCUGGAGGACUGUGGCGAGUACUGCGCGACGGCGCGCAACGCCCACGGCGCCGUCUCCUGCCGCGCCACGCUCGUCGUCGACAAAGGCAUCCGCGCCUACGUCGCGCCCGACUUCGUCUUCGAGCUGGAGCCCGCCGCCGCCGCCGUCCCCGAGGGCGGAGAGCUGCGCCUGCGCGCCCAAGUCGAGGCCUACCCCGCCGUCGGCGUCAUGUGGCACCGCGACGGCGUGCGUCUGCGGCCGAGCCGCCGCGCCGUCAUGACGCUGGACCACGACGGCGCGGUGCAGCUGUCGCUGGGCGGCGUGACGCGCCGCGACGCCGGCGUCUACACGUGCACCGCCACCAACGCCGUGGGCCGCGCAGAGACCAGCGCCACCGUCACCGUGCUGCCUGCCGACGCCGACGCCGGCGCCGACGCCGCCCCCGCCACCGACGACGACGCCACCACCGACUCCGUGCAGCGGACGCCGCAGCUGCUCACGCCGGACGUACCGUACUCCCAGGAGCCGAUGUUCCUGACGAAGCCGCGCUCGACCGAGGCCCGCGAGGGCGACACCGUAGUCAUCCAGUGCGAGGUGGUGGGCGACCCCAAGCCCGACGUCUUCUGGCUGCGAGACUUCCUCAAGCCCGACUACUACAGAGACGCGGCCCACUUCCUGCGCCAGGGUGACGGCCCCUGCUACCAGCUGGAGAUCCCGCACGCCAAGCUAGACUUCACCGGCGCCUACUCCGUCGUCGCCCGCAACUGCCAUGGGGAGGCCAAGGCCGUGAUCUCGCUGCAGAUCUACGCCAAAGGCCAGGGCAAGGAGGACGGCAUGGAGCCGAGCAGCGUCACGUACGGCCGCGUGCAGACGCUGCCGUGCGUGCGGCGCGCGCUCGCCGACCGGCGCUGCUGCGACGGCGACGCCGUGACGCUGGAGUGCCGCGUGUCCGCCACGCCGCUGCCCGACGUCCGCUGGGAGAAGGACGGCCGGCUGAUCCCGCUGGGUGGCGACUUCGUGGCGGAGGUGGAGGGCGAGACGGCGCGGCUGAGCAUCGCGCACGUCUUCCCCGAGGACGAGGGCCAGUACACCUGCGUCGCCUCCAACGCGCUCGGCUCCGCGCGGACCUCCGCCUGUCUGCUCGUCGACGUGCCGGAGGAGAAGGAGACGCUGCUGUCGAGGCAGCUGUCGCGGCCGCCGGCGCUGCUGUCCGCGGGUUCGACCCCCCGCUCCACGCCCAGGACCACGCCCACCAGGAGCCAGUCGCCGACCGUCUCACGCAGCGCGCGCGACGCCACGACGCCGGAGCGGCGGCCGACGACGCCGUCGGGCAGGCGGGCGCGCGCCGCGGCGCCGCCGCGCUUCUACGCGGUGCCGCACAACCGCGUGGCCGAGGAGGGCGAGACGGUGCGGCUGCAGUGCGCGUGCGCCGGCCACCCGCAGCCCUGGACCACGUGGCACAAGGACGGCCGCGAGCUGGCGCACACGGCGCGCGUGCGCGUCUCCGAGCGCGACGACCUGCGCCUGCUGGAGAUCCGGGAGGUGACGCGCGACGACGCCGGCCUCUACCGCGUCACGCUGGAGAACGCGCUCGGCCGCGUCCAGGCCUCGGCGCGCAUCGACGUCAUCGAGCGCCGCGGCCGCAGCAGCACGGGCGUGCGCGCCUGGAGCGCGUCGCCCCGCACGUCGCCCACGCCGGGCCGCCGCCUGGGGCCGGCGCCGCAGCUCAGCGCCUACCGCGCCGCCGCUGCCGCCCCCAGCGCCUACUCCGGCUACUCCUCCUACUACAGGCGCGCCGGCGCCGGGGACGACCAGCCGAUGGACGGCGACGUCGAGGAGGGGGAGGCGGGGGCGCGCCAGCAGCAGACGCAGCCGGUGUUCGCAGAGCCGCUGCCGCCGACCUGCUCCGCCGUCGAGGGCUCGCCGCUCGAGCUGCGCGUCCGCCUACACACAGAGGGCGAGCGGCUGUCGGUGACGUGGUCGCGCGAGGGCGUGCCGCUGCCCGACUGCCGCGACUUCCGGUACGGCCGCGGGCCGGCGGGCCGGCGCUCGCUGCUGCUGUGGGACGUCUUCCCCGAGGACGCCGGCCUGUUCCGCUGCGAGGCGCGGGACCAGGGCGGCCGCGUGCUCGCCGUCUCCUGCACCAGGCUCUGCGUCCUCACAGACUGCGAGGCGGCAACGUCCUCCGCGGGUGACGGUCGCCCCCAGCAGCAGCAGCAGCGGGCGGCCGCCUUCGUGAAGAGCCCGGCGCCAGUGAUGGCGCGCCCCGGCGCCAGCGCCAGCUUCGUGGCGCGCGUGUCUGACCCGCGCGCAGCCGCCGACGUCGUCUGGACCGUGGCGGGCCGCGACGCCGCCACCUGCCCCAGGUGCCACGUGGAGACGACCGGCGACGAGAGCGUGCUGACGGUGCGCGACGUGCAGCCGCAGGACGGCGGCGCCGUCGAGUGCUCGCUGGCCGGCGGCGGCGCGGGGGCGGCGGCGGCGCCCGCCUCCCUCACCGUGCUGCAGCCGGAGGAGGAGGAGGAGGGGGAGGAGGGAGAGGGAGGGGAGCCGGCGGCGGUGACGCGCGGCCCGCGCGACGUGGUGGCGCUGCGCGGCGACACGGCCACGCUGAGCGCCGCCUUCCGCGGCCGCCCGCCGCCCACGGUGCGCUGGCUCAGGGCGGGCCGGGAGCUGUCGGCGGGCGGCAGGCUGAGCAUCGAGACGGCGGCCGGCGAGUCGCGGCUGACGCUGUCGCGCAUCACGGCCGACGACAGCGGCAAGUACGUGGUGUGCGUGGCCAACGCGCUCGGCGAGGACUGCCACUACGCCUCGCUCGCCGUGGAAGGGCCCCCUGACCCACCCAAGGGCCGCCCCAGUGUGUGCGCGGUGAGCGGUGGCCCGGACUGCCACGGCGCAUGCGCACUCGUCGCGUGGUCGAGCGCGCCCUACGACGGCGGAUGCAUCGUCACCGGCUACAGCGUAGAAAUGCGUCGCGCAGACGAAGACCACUGGACCACCGUCGCUGACAGCUGCCUGUCGCUGUCGCACCACGUGUCGGGCCUGAGCGAGGGCCACGACUACCAGUUCCGCGUCCGCGCCCACAACCGCCACGGCGCCAGCGAGCCGGGGCUCGAGACGCCGCCCUUCGCAGCUGCUCGCGUCGCCACACCAGACGAGGUUAAGCUGGAGGAAGAAGACGUCCCGGAGGAAGAGGACUGGGACUCUGAGGAAGUGUCUGCAGGCGGCGACUUCGCGUCCGGCUACGAGGUGCUGCAGGAGCUGGGCAAGGGCCGGUACGGCGUGGUGCACCUGGUGCGCCAUCGGCGCUCGCAGCGCCUCUUCGCCGGCAAGUUCCUGCGCUGCGUGAAGGCGGCCGACCGCGACAAGGCGCGCGCCGAGGUCGACAUCAUGCGCCGCCUCAGGCACCCCAAGCUGCUGCGACUCGCCGCCGUCUUCGAGGCGCCGCGCGAGGUGGUCGUCGUCACCGAGUAUAUAUCUGGAGGUGAGCUGUUUGAGAGAGUAGUCGCAGAUGACUUCACAUUAACUGAAAGAGACUGUGUGCUCUUUAUGCGUCAAAUAUGCGAGGGAGUCCAGUAUAUGCACCAGAAUUCUGUUGCACAUCUUGAUCUGAAGCCAGAAAACAUCAUGUGCCGUACACGUACAUCUCACCAGAUCAAGCUGAUCGAUUUUGGUCUUGCAAGAAUCUUGACACCAGGGAAACCAGAGAGAGUUCUGUUUGGCACCCCUGAAUUCAUACCACCAGAAAUUAUAAAUUAUGAGCCCAUUGGUUUUGAAUCAGAUAUGUGGUCUGUUGGCGUUAUCUGCUACGUCCUGCUGUCCGGCUUGUCACCAUUCAUGGGUGACAAUGACAUAGAGACAUUUGCCAAUAUAACGAGAGCAGAUUAUGAUUUCGAUGAUGAAGCUUUUGAUGCAAUUUCUCAGGAUGCCAAAGAUUUCAUCAGUGAACUUCUAGUAAAGAGAAAAGAGAAAAGGUUGACUGCUGAACAGUGUCUGCAACAUCGCUGGUUAACACAGAUGACAGAUGCAAUCAGCUGUGUCAGGCUGUGUACUGACAAACUUAAGAAAUUCAUUAUACGGCGCAAGUGGCAGAAAACAGGCAAUGCAAUUCGUGCUCUGGGUCGAAUGGCUACCUUGUCAGCUGCAACGAGACGCAAUUCGACAGCUAGUGGAGGUGGAAGCUCACCUCGACCCAGCCUUUCAGGACCAGACGAGGUAGCAGUAGUUGCUGCCGCAGGAUCCAACAAUCGGCGGCCUCGAGCCUUCAGUGAGCGCAGUGACAGUGGUAUAAGUGACUGCUCUGUCAGUGUACCCUAUGCAGCAGGGUCUCGUUGUCUAGCGGUCACUGAAGAACACGAGGAAGAAGAGGAAGGUAACACAGGUAGUGAAACUGACAAUGAGAGUACUUGUGCAGCUAGAAGCAGCAAAACUGCAGGAGACCACUCAACAGAUAGUUUUGUGACCAAAAACGUUGAAUGUCUGGAAGUUCUCUCUGAGAAAAUAGACAAUAUUGGCGUGGACGGAACAGAGGAAUCUGAAAAUAAUACCGAAAUUGCACUGACCCUGACAAAUAGUGUAACACCUGUUAAGAACUUAAAAUUUGCUCUGGGAGAUAACAAGGAUGAUGAUUGUGACAUUAAUGAUUUUAAUUAUUCUUCCACAGCCUCCAUGCCCUCCAGCUGUAACAAGAAGACAGCCAGCCUGAAGCACCAGAAUUCUGCAGAUUCUGGAGUGCACCUUGAGGUGGUAAGCAGCAGCAGCAGGAACUCCUGCAGUGGCACCGUUAAGAGCAAGGUGACAGCAUUCCAGCAGAUGGCCAGUGCCGGGAACCGUUCUCCUGUCGCAGGUGAAAUGGCAAAAACUCACUCUGGAUCUGCUAUUACUGCCUCAAGAGAACACAGCACCAACUUCCAGAAAGCAGCCGCUUUCUGGAAGAGGUAG